GCAGCUUUCCCUUUGGUCAACAUUGCGGGGCAAAACAAAAGCCGCUGCCGCCAUCCAAAUCGCAACACCAGCUUCUUUUCCUUCUCAAAUAAAAAACUUCACUUCUUCUACCUCAGCGGCCCCUCCCACCAAAAUCCAAACGGUCUUUUUCACACGAAGAAAAAUCCAUCACCCUUGACUUAAAUCUUAGAUGAGCUAAAAAAUUGGGGUGCAUCAGCUAAAUACGCGGUCUGUUUGAACGGGUCAGGAGCUCGGAAAUUUCCUUCUGCGGGCCAGGAUUUGAUAUCACCCGCACCCAUCAAAUUUUGAGAGUAGUGAUGGAUCAGGCUUGACCAGACUCUAUUCUUUCUCGCUGCAGUCAAAGAAAGGCUUCUCUGUUUGGUAUCUUUUCCCACCUUUCUUAUACUUGCUUCUUUGGAUUGAUGGGUUUGAAGGGGUUUUGUGUGGUCUCUCCGCUCCCAUGGGGAAUUUCUGUGGGAGGCCUGCCAAAUGUGCAAAUGCUCCUUUUUCGGUUGGAUCAAAGAAUUCACUGCCUAGCACUGGUGCCUCUAGUUCAAUAGAUUCAAGUAAAACAACUUCUACUGGGGUGGAUAAUUCUCUUCCAUCAUGCAAAACUGAGGCAUCACCUGCUGUUAGUUUGAAGUCCUCACUUGCAGUCAAUCUGAAGUCCUUUACCCUGAAUGAUCUCAAGACUGCUACUAAAAAUUUCAGCUCCAAUUCUUAUCUCGGUGAAGGAGGGUUUGGGUGUGUCUUCAAAGGAUGGAUUGAUGAGAAUACCUUUUUACCCACAAGACCAGGAGUUGGUAUUGUUGUUGCCAUCAAGAAACUCAAACGGGAAAGCUUUCAGGGACACAAGGAAUGGCUUGCAGAAGUGACCUAUUUGGGUCAGCUUCGACAUGAAAAUCUAGUGAAGCUCAUAGGAUACUGUUCAGAAUCUGAUAACAAACUUCUUGUCUAUGAGUACAUGCAGAGGGGCAGCUUGGAGAACCAUUUGUUCAAAAGAGGAGUACAGACUAUUUCCUGGGCGAUGCGAGUCAACAUUGCCAUUGGGGUUGCUCGAGGACUAUCAUUCUUACACAGCUUAGAAACCCCAGUAAUAUACCGUGAUUUAAAAGCUUCCAACGUUCUUCUCGACUCAGACUUCCAUGCAAAACUAUCGGAUUUUGGCUUAGCAAGAAAUGGUCCUACUGGAGAUAAAACUCAUGUUUCAACUCGGGUGGUUGGAACUCGUGGUUAUGCUGCUCCAGAAUACAUUGCUACAGGUCACUUGAGUGUAAAGAACGACGUAUACAGCUUUGGGGUUGUGUUGUUAGAACUUUUAUCAGGGAUGCGAGCACUAAAUGAAGACAGAUGUUCUGCAGAGGAGACUCUUGUAGAUUGGGCAAAACCAUUUUUGAAUGAAAGAAGGAAAAUAUCGAGGAUCAUGGACACAAGGCUGGAGGGUCAGUAUGCAAAGAAGGAAGCCCAGGCAAUUGCUGCUCUUGCCUUGCAGUGUCUACACACAGAUCCCAAAAACCGGCCUAUCAUGACAGAAGUUCUUGCCACACUAGAACAGCUCAGAGCAUCAAAAGAGACAACGGUACCUCGAAUCUACUCAAGGAAAUAAAGUCAAACUAGGGCCUUGAGGCAAUUAAAUCUCUUCAAUUUAAAUGGGCUGUGUUUCAUGACAAAUACAAGAACAAUAUGCAUGCCGCAAUAUUCAGGUAGUCCUGCAGGAUCCAUUGAAGAAACAACUGUCCGGAGUAUAUGGAUGUAUAAGCAUGAUUUCCAGGCAGAGUUUAGUAACAGCGCAUUUUGAAACUGAAAAACCUCAGAAUGUGGAAAGAGAAAAAAAACAAAAAUUGCACAUAUCUGUAGCAAAUGUGUUGAAUAUUUAAAAUUAUAUUGAUUUUUUUUUUCAUGGUACAUGUUCUUGUUGUAUAUUUAAAAUUAUAUGAUCAUUUUUACAUGUGUUGAAUCUACUCCUGUAGCAAGUAUGAGGUUUUA